GCUCCGACACUUCAGAUGCUUCAUUUUUCAAAUUUAUUCGGCGUUCCAUUGCAGCCAAGGCCCAUUGUGCAUCUAAAACUUUGCAGGUCAACAGCGUUCUUGCUCUGCAAUAGUGGGAAGGUAUCACGAUGGUAUUUUGCAUUGUUUCGUUAUGGUGAUAACAGCGCCAGGCCGAGUGCGAGGUGAGUCUGGCCCGCAUGGUACCUCGCCAGGGGUUUUCAGGACGUCCGGAGGCUGCCGUGGCACACAGGUCAUGAGUCAGCCAAAGAAACCAUCAGUUCCAUCACACGACAGAUCAGGCGCGGAAAUGACAACAAAAAUUGAACAACGCCCGAAUUUUCCUGCGCUUAUGAUCUCACGACCACUACCAAAUCGCUACUGCCUUCAUCCGGGCAGUUCAAGACCCCGGCCUCACACGUGUCGCAUGACUUUCGACACGCGACUCUGGGUUUCUCACCCCUGGGCAGCGAGUAGAGCUGCAGUCAUAGCCGCCAUCUCGACGGCCACAUCUCCUAAGUGCCAAACUCCGCUGGAACACCAAUCGAGCCAAGCCAAUUGCGGCAUGAUUUUGGCAAAAAGUCGCAAUCAGAGCUAUGCAUAACGAAUGCACCCCGUCGACCGACACAAAUCCGCAUGCUCACGUGGAGCACCGCGAUAUUGAUGACAAAGGCUCGCCU